AUGAACGACAGCGGCAAGUGCGCGUUUGUGUUGGGCAUCGAGCUGGUGGACAACGACAACGAAAGCAUGACGAUGUGCCAGCGACGCUACGUGGAAGAUGUUGAAAAGACAGCGGCUGUGAAGAAGACACCUCGUCAAGCUGCGUCAAGUGUUGAAGCAAGUGGAAGACCAAGCUUCGCUAUACCGGUGGGUACCGGUAUGUACCAGUAA